AGCACCCCUGACUCACUUCCUUUGCAUCUAAGCGGAAACCUCCCCAGAGCUUCCUCUGCUCCGGUCCCUGGGGACCUGCAGGAGUUGCUACCCCUUCAAGCCUGAGUUGGGCCAUCCAGACCCUGGCCCACCCACCUCACCGUUUGGGUGGAAGACUAGCGUUUCCUGCUUCCUGAGUUGCUGGCUCCUGGCCUUGGAAGGGAGUGGCUGAGCUGGAGGAGCCUGCGCAGCUGCAGGGAGGGGAACUGCAUGCCCAGCACAGGUCCUGAACCAUGGACCGCGGCCAUCCUAGCCUAGAGCCCCAGGCCAAGGGACCAUGUGUGAUAGCGCCAGUGCGCGCCGUGCUCCGUCUGCGCCGCCGAGUCUGCGUCCUGCGCAAGAGACGCCUCUUGCAGCCAGGCACUGAGCCGGACUCUGGGACUGGGACACUUGGGCCCACCGGCAGCUUGGGCACUCUACGUGCCGACCUAGACCAACCUAAAUUCUUCACCUUCGACAGCCUGACAGAGCUGACUUCUAGGACACCCCGCAAGAAACGCAGGCGUAGUCGGGUAGUGCUCUACCCGGAAACCUCACGGAAGUGCCGACCCCGCACAGAGCGGCAGAGUCGUGCACAACGUUGCCUGCUGCUUCUUGUAGCCAUUGUGGGGUUCCAGGUUCUCAACGCCAUUGAGAAUCUGGACGAUAAUGCACAACGUUACGACCUCGACGGGCUGGAGAAGGCGCUGCAGCGUUCUGUGUUUGGACAGCCAGCUGCUGUGGGCCGCAUCAUGGCCCUGCUGCGAGACUACCUGGCUACACAUGUGCACAGUCAUCCCUUGCUCCUGGCACUGCACGGGCCCAGUGGUGUAGGCAAGAGUCACGUGGGGCGUCUGCUGGCGCGCCACUUUCGCGCAGUGCUGGGGGAUGGUGCUUUGGUUCUGCAGUACCAUGCACGAUAUCACUGUCCAGAGCCACGCCCGGUUCAGGACUGCCGAAAGGAGCUGGCACAGCGUGUGGCAGAUGUGGUGGCACAGGCUGAGGCCCAGGAGAAGACCCCUCUCUUGGUCCUGGAUGAGGCUGAACUCUUGCCACCUGCGCUGCUGGAUGAGCUCCACGACCUCUUGCAGCCUCAGCGCUCGCACCAUUUCCACAAUGCUAUCUAUGUACUCCUAAGUGGCGCUGGUGGUAUAGAGAUCACGCACUUUGUGCUGCAAAACGCGUCACGGAUGUUGCCCCCACUCCGCCAUAGUGCAGGCAGUACUCAGACUGAGGAAUCUCCAGCCGAGGAGUUACACACCAGUCUUCGAGAGCUCCUGGCCCGAGAACACCCUCUGUGGCACACUGCAGCCAUCGUGCCCUUCCUGCUACUGGACAAGCCGGAUGUGAUCAACUGCUUCAGAGAGGAAAUGGCAGGGGAGGGCUUUUUUCCUGAGCAGGCACUGGCAGAACAUCUGGCAGAGCAGCUCAGCUACUACCAUGUUGCUGGACAUGAAUUUGCCAUCACCGGCUGCAAGCAGGUAGUAGCUAAGGUUAACCUCUUACAACACAAGGCUGCACAUGCUGGACACUGGCCAAUGGACCCAGGCAAUUGAACUGUUGAAGAAAACAGGAAGGAUGUCAGGUGACUUGUGGCCCCCAAGCUGGUUCAUCCCAGGAGCUAGGGCGGCUGAUGCAGUGGCUUAGCUCUGAGCUCCACGUCCUCUUCACCCCUGAGCCUUGAGAUUCCCUAAGGUCACCAGGAAAGCAGCUGCCUUCCUAUAUGGAGUCUUCCCCAUACCCCCAGCUCCCACUAUGUCCAUCAUAUCCCAGAGACAUGUGAUAGGGCUUCCCAUAACCCUAGGAAGUAGCCAGGGUUAUGGUAGAUUAUCUCAGAGGGUGUGAGGCUGCGGUAGGAUUCUGGUCCUCUGGAACAUGUGGCAGCCUCCAUGCCUCUCACAAACUCCCAACAACCCCUUGAAUGCCUCCUUAGCUUAGAGGCUACAAGGUGGGGACUGCUUCUCUGUCUGUGCACUUCUCUGCCUGCCCCAGAAGGCAGUUAGAUGUCUGCAAGCCAGUGAGUAGAUCGUGGAAUUUUUCAGAUGUUCUGGGGCAUGAACCUAAGAGGAGACCCACCCUCGUGAAACUGGCUGCCUGUUUGCCCCAGAGACAGACAUGUAGAAUGGCUUUGGAAUCACCUACAAUGGGUCCUGCUCACCAGAAGAGACCCAAGAGGAGGGACCUCUACCUCCAGGGAGAUGAUGUGACUUCACCAGCCUGGGGAGACCUCCUGGGAAACCACCAAGCUCAGGUUUCCCAAGAAAGGCUCACUGGACUCCAGUCUGUCCUACUGCUGAGGAACUCACUGGCCCCUUCCCUUCCCUGGCUCUGGAGUGACAGCGGUUAAAUCCAUAGCAAACUGGGAGCCUUGGAAGUGAACCCUGCUUUGAGGCUGACUCGCUGUAGGAAGCAGGAAACAAGCAUGAGGCCCAGUGGGGUGGGGUCAGAUGGGCAGGUGCCAAGCCUCUGCCUGUCUGUGCUGUCUGGUUGCCACAGUGACACGUGGGUGAGGUUCCCUGUAGCCUUUGGCGGUCCUAGGUUCAACCUCUCCAUUGGCUUGGAAUUUGCAAGGCAGGAAGGAGGCUUCUUAGUACUCUGGCCGUGUCUGUGCUGCCAUCUUGUGGCUGCACCCAGACUUUGCCUGUGGAUGCUCAUCAGUCUGGGUUAGAAAGCGGUGCAUUCCCAAAGUGUGGCUUGAGGGCACACAGGAAGUGGUGAUACAAGAAGAGAUUAAAGAGGAGGAACCCCUCAAGGGGGGUGAUAUGUCCUCGCCCACGCUUGGGGGAGACCUGCUGCAAAACUACCCAGGCUUAGGGUUCCCUAGAGAGGAUUACUAGCAGGCUCCAGUGUGGUCCGGUUUGCCGUGCGUAGUCUGAGGAUCUGGUGCAUGACAAGCUGAGUUUGGAUGCUGUUCAGUUCUUGCAGGAUUAUGCCAAGAAGGCCCCCAGGGUUGUCACCUGAAAACCUACCUGGAAGUGUCCCCUAUGCAGCCAAGUGUUGCUUGUAGUCAUUCACUUACCGUCUACUGGGCGACUUAGUGAGGGUACAAACCCGAGCAGCAUCUCCUCUUUAUUUAUUUAUAAAAUCGUGCACUUCUAAAAUAAUUUCAUGGAGGCUAAUUUCAGGUCUAAAGAAGCCUGUACACUCAGCACUGAGCAGGUUGCAUUGUGCCCAUGAAUAAACCGCAGCUCAAAUCUACCCACCUACCUUCUUUUCUUUUCUGACUGUCUAUGAAUUGAGAAAGGGGUACUAAAACCUGUUAAUGAUAAAUUCACCAACAUCUCUUUCUAACCAUCUAUUUAAUAAUUCCUGAUUCUGGAGACAGGUGUGCACCAUUAGUCCCAACACUCAGAGGCAGUCAGGUCUCUGAGUUCAAGGCCAGCCUGGUCUACAGAGUGAGUUC